AUGACUGUGAAUUUAGUAACCGGUAAAUGUUUAUGUGGACAAAUAAGUGUUUCAGUUCCCGAAACGAUCUUAAAACAAACUUCGUACAAUCUCUAUUUACCCGAGAAAGAUGCGAUAAUCCAAGGUGAACCAAAGAUUUAUUUAGAUUCGAAUACAACGAAUGGUCAAAUAAUUCAACGCGCAUUUUGUGAAAAUUGUGGUUCACCAAUUUACGGCAGAAAUCCAACUUCCAGUCGUUUAAUUGCGGUCAAGUUGGGAAUUUUCGAUGAAUUAACUAAGCCUAGUAUAGCUUUGUUUUGCAAAGAUCGACCAGAAUGGAAUAGACUUAUUGAUGGAAUACAAGACUAUGAUAUUAUGCCAUCCUAG